AUGCUGAAGGCGCUGAGGACCAUGCACGACCACGGCUUCCUGCACCGCGACGUCAAACCCUCCAACUUCGCGAUGGGCGUGGGGGCGCGGCAGCAGCAGUGUUUCGUGAUUGACUUUGGCAUCUGCAAGCGCUUCCGCUCCUCCCACGGCGUGCACCCCGCGCGCCAGCUCGCUGAGUUCCGCGGCUCCACUGCCUACGCGUCCGUGCACUCGCACCUGCUCAUGGACCUGGGGAGGAGGGACGACCUGUGGUCGCUGUUCUACGUGCUCGUGGAGUUCCUCGAUGGGGAGCUGCCCUGGCGCCACGUGCAGGAGAAGGAGAGGGUGAAGGAGAUGAAGCUGUAUUUCUUUGACCAUCCGGAGCAGAUGACCAAGUCUGUUGCCUUCCCCGAGGAGCUCUCUGCGUUCGCGGAUCAUCUACAGGUGCUGCAGUAUGCCGACAAGCCUGACUAUGCCUACCUGCUCAACCUCCUCACCGCCUGGAACGCCCGCUGUGGGGGCGCCGCCCCCCCUCAGGGUGCCCAAGGUGCUGCCAAUGGCCCCCACGCUGCGCUGCCACUGCCGCCCCCUCCCCCUGCCACGGCCAACGGCCACUCUCAGUCUGCCCCAGUGCGCCAUGCCACUCACGAAUCGCCCCCCAUGCCCCACCCUGCCGCAAGCACACCUGGUGCUGCUGCCCUUGGCAAUGGUAUACAUGGCACGCCCCUCACCUCACCCCUCGCCUCGCCCGCCCUACCGCCCGCCCUACUGCCCUCUCUGCCCUGUGCACCACCACCCGCCAUCGCUGCACCACUCCUUGCGGUCGGUGGGUCAGCUGUGCUGCCAGCACCCCCACUCACACUGGAAGGGGCAGCGAAGGAGGCAGCAGCAGGUGGAGGGGCAGGUGCUGCUGCACUUGUCGCUGGCAGCCCAUCCAUGCCUGCACCCCCCUCUGCCCCUCCGCCCCCUGCCUCUGCCCUCACUGCAUCGGCUCCUCCCACCCCUACUGCUCCCAGCGCUACCCCAUCCAGUCCUACCCCUCGCAGCCCCACCACUUCAAGCCCCACCGCGCACAGCACUGGCGUCCUACGGGAGGACAGCACUACCUCCCACCCUGCUGCUCCUGCCGCUGCUUCCCUUGCCGCCGCCGCUGCGUCUCAUGCUCCUGACGUGGUGCGUGCUGCGUCUGCUGUUCCUCCGCUGCUGCCAGACCCAGGCACUGCGCCUGUGGGCAGCAGCGCAGGUGGGGGCGGCGUGGCAAGCCCCAGUGUUGGGCCAGCAAGGAAGGAGUGGGAGAGCGAGCUGGGCGAGCGCGAAAUGCAGGGCACAGAGGCGGGCAGGCAGGGCAGUGCAAGGGGGAGGAUGGGUGAAGGGGUGCGUGCAACCAGGGGGCAGGGCGCUUGUAAUGGGGGCAGUGAGGGGGGCAGUGGGGGCAGCACGACGUCAAGUGUGAGCCACAGCGACAGCAGCGGCAGCAGCUCCAUCAGCAGUAGCGGUGGUAGCAGUAGCAGCGACGGCGAGGCCAGGAGGGAGCAGCGCGGGGCGAGGGCAGGGGGGCGGAUGGGGACAGUGAGGAGGCGAGACGGGCACGGGUGUGUGGCAGGAGGGGGGCGAGGGCGUGGGAAGAGCAUGGGCGCACAGCAUACAUCAGAGGAGCGGGGCAGCAGGGGGAAUGAUAGCUGUGAUGCGCCGCAGAGGGGACGAAUGAGAGAGGGCGGUGGAGGUGCAGAGAGGCGGAAGGGAGAUGAGGGAGGUGGCAAGGCAGGGCAACAGUUGUUGGCGAGCGGUGGGGAGGGCAGCGAGCGCGUGAGCGAGAGAGGCAGUGCUGCUGCUGCUGCUGCUGCUGCUGCUGUGGGUGCUGUGGCUCAGAGGGCGGGCGAGAGGAGCGGUGGGCAGGGCAGGCACGGGCGUGGCGCAGCGUGGGAAGCUGGGGAAGGGAGAGGGAGCAUGGGGCAGGCGCAAGUGGAGCGUGAGGGGCGGGAGGGGAGAGGGGAGGAGGGCAGACGGGCAGACGAUGAGGGGGCUUGUGCAGAGGGGAAGGAGACAGGGGCUGUGAGGCAGGAGGUGAGGGAGCUGAGAGUGAGUGUGGGCGGUGAGGAGGAGGGUAGCAGGGCGAGGAGGGGGAGGAGCGGGGCUGUGGAUGUGACAACGAGAGGGCGAGAGGAGCGGCACGCUCAAGGACUUGGGGCGAGCAGUGGUGGCAGGGCGACAGGGGACAGGGGCGGAGAGGAGGGCGGGGCGCAACAGGAGAUGGUGGACGAGGACAGGCAGAGGUGGAAAGAAGGAAAAGAGGAGUGGAGAAGAGGCGGUGGGAAGUGCGUGGUGGGAUCAAGACAAGGAAGGGAGAGAGGUUUGGGAGGAGAGCGGGAUAGAGAUAGUGAGUGGUCUCACAGGGAGGGGAGGUGGCAGAGGGAAAGGGAGAGGAAGGGGAGGUGGAAAAAUGAAGAGAGAGAGAAGGAGGCAAGUGGCAAAGUUGGAGAAUGGGGACGAGAGAAGGUAGGAAAUCGCUCUGAGGAGAAGGAGCGGGCAGCUGAGGAGGCGAGGGCGAGAGGAGGUCAAGUUGAAGCAGAGAAUGAGAAGGCGUGUGUGAGAGUUGGUUACACGACGCACACAGCAGAUGCAGGGGCAAUCAAGCCAGAUGCCAGCAGGGUGGAGGUGGUGGAGGUGGUGGAGGAGACGAAGGAGGAGAAGGAGGAGAGGGGUCAAGAACCAGCCAGGAAAAUGGACUGGGAAUGGAGGCAGAAGGAUAAGCGGGAGGAGAGGGACGGAGAGGCGGAGGAGAAAGAAAGGGAGCGGAUGUGUGAGUUGGGGAGGGAUAGGGAAAGGAGGACAGAGAAGGGAAGAGAGGGCGAGAGCGAACAAGAGAAGGAGCGAGAAAGAGAGAGGGAGAGGGGGGGAGAUAAGGCAAAGGGAAACGAGAGGGCGAGGGACAACGAGAGAGCGCGGGGGCAUGAGAGGGAGGGGGAUAGGCGAAGAGAAGAGAGACACCAAGGCAGUGAGAGGCAGGGUGGGAGGGGUAGUGGCAGCAGUGGUGCGGGGGGCUAUGAGGAAAGAAACGAGAAGCAGGGAAUGGUGGAGAGACGGAGGGAUGCGUGGAAUAGGAGCUCUGGUGGCAGGGGUUCUUCCAAGGAGAGACACAAGGGGACGUGGGAGGGGGGCGGACAGGCAGGGAGAGGCGAGAGGGGAAGGAACAGAGAUAGGGAUGGAGGCUGGGAGCGGGGUAACGACAGAAUGCGGGAGAGGAAGACAGAGAGGGAGACGAGGGGGAGGGACAGGGAUGAGGAGAGGGAGAAGGAUGGGAGGAGAAGAUAUGAAUUCAAGGAGAGCGAGAGGGGUGAGCGGUGGGAUGGCAGCAGGUCCAGGGAGAGGGGCUGGUCGAAGGAGAGGGGCUGGUCGAAGGAGAGGCUCCAGGGCAGGAACGAGCACGCAGAAGCAGCUUCUGCGGCGGGAAAGGGGGAGGGGGCAGUGAGAGCAGACAUGAGCAGACAGGGCAGCGGGCGGGAGCAUGGGAUUGCGAGGGAGGGCACCAUCGAGCGCGUGUUGUCUGUAGAGGAGCGAGAUGAGGCGCCGGGGAGGGGUGGCGAUGGUGGCAACGGCGUUGGGGCUAGUCAGGAAGCAACAGAUGGGGCGGUGGAGGGAAGGGACGGGCCAGGGGACAGGGGCGCAGGGAUGGAACGGUGUGGGGAGAGGGGCAGAGAGGGGAGGGACAACGAGAAAGGGGGGGUGAGAGAGGGGGAGGAGGGGGAGAGGGAAAAGGAGAGGGAAAGGGAGAAGGAGAGGGAGAGGGAGAGGGAGCGGGAAAGGGAGGGGGAGCGGGAGAGAGAGAGGGAGAGGGAGAGGGAGAAGGGGAAGGAAAGGGAGAGGGAUAAUGAGAAGGAAAGGGAGAGGGAGAAUGAGAGGGAGAGGGAGAAGGAGAGGGAAAGGGAGGAGAGGGAGUCAGGAAGGGGGAGGGAGAGGGGGAGGGAGAAGGAGAGGGAAUGGGAGAGGGAGAGGGAGAGGGAGAAGGAGAGGGAGCGGGAGAAGAAGAGGGAAUGGGAGAGGGAGAAGGAGAGGGAGCGGGAGAGGGGGAAGGAGAGGGACCGCGAGAGGGAGAAGGAGAGCGAGAAGGAGAGGGAGAAGGGCGGCAAUGAGGGUGCUGGCAGCGGCGGUCACAGUGUGCAGAAGCCCCAGCAGCACCCACACACUCUCUCCCACUCCCAUUCUCACUCGCGCACUCUCCCUCGCCCCCUGAGCUCGCCCCGCCACCAGCAAGGCAGGCCCACCUCCACCCGUCUGCCCUCGCCUGCUGCCUCACCUCGCUCCACCACUCACCCACUCUCGCCCUCCACUGCUGCUGCACCUGUUACUGCUAGCGGGGGCAGGGGGGGGACGGAGGAGAGGGCGAGGAGGCUGCGGCUGUGUGUGGACGCAUUGAGAUACGGCGCCUGCAAGAGCCCCGCCUCCUGCUCUCGACACCACCCCAAGCGGUGUGACCUCAUAGCCUGCACGCCCUCCUUGCUGCCUGCACGCCCUCCUCUCGCUCACGUUACCUCUCCUCACCCCGGCCACAUCCCUGUGUUUGGACCACGUGGCUGGCCGCUGCCCCCUGCCCUCCGCCCGCUGCUUCCGCCACCACCUCUCCCCCGCUCAGGUCAGCGCCCCACCACUCCCCCCAUGCUCACAGUGUCCGCACCUGCUGCAUGGCACACGCACCUCCUCUCAUCCCAUGGCCCGCAACAGUAUCUUGUGCCCUCUCCCUCUCUCCAUCUCGCCACUUCCCUUCCGCUUACAACCACCCCCCCCCCCGCCCGCCUUCUCUACGCGGCCCCAUGUGCGCCCCACCAGGAGGAGCACUUCUACCAGCGGGGCGAGCUGCCAGCGGACGCCAUGCAGCCCGCCUCCUGGGUGAUUCAGCGCCGCCUGCUCCUCCACCCCGCCCGCCCCCGCCCGCUGCAGCCCCCCCCUGCGCGCGCCCCUUCUCCCCGCGAGCCCACCCGUGCAGAUGAGGCGCAGCUCACGCCCAGCUCCUCCCACCCCCGCUCUGAUAGCCCUCACCCACAGCAGCAGCAGCAGGGGGGGUCGCCAGGGAAGGGAGGGGCAGGGCUGCUGGCAACGCCAGGGGGGCUGUUGCCGUCCCCAUCCAUCUCGCCCUCCUUGCUCGGUGCCCCUCCUGCCGCCACCCCCCCUUCCACGCUCCACUCCCUGCUCCCCCUGCCGCCCCCUGCUGCCCCCUCUGCGCCGCCCACCGCCCCUGGCACAGCGGCGACCUGGGCGAGCCUGGGUGUGAGCAGGCCUGCUUUGAGCAGCAGCCAGCAGCUCGCUGCCACUGCUGCAGAGCAUGCUGCAUCACCUGCCGCUGCUGCUGUGGCAGCACGGCCAGGGGUUGUGGGUGGCGCUGCUGCUUUGCCGCCAGCACGCAUGGGGGCGGAAGGCAGCGGGGAGAGGGGGCGAGGAGUAGGGCUGAGGGGGGAGGGCAGGGAGGGCGAGGCAGUGAAGCCGAAGGCGCGGGUGAAGGUGGUGAUCAACGAGUGGGGGGUGGUCAUCCCUCCGCACGCCCUGCUGCCAGCCAUCAAGCGCCGCAAGCUGGACCCCCCUCCCGCUGCUGCCGUCCCCACUACACAGGGUGGUGGCGCCGUGGCGAGUGGCAGAGAAGGGGCGGGGAUGGGUGAGACGGCAGAGGGACCGCCGCCUGCCAGUGUCGCAGCAGCCUCAGCAGCGGCGGCAGCAGCAGCAGGCAGGGUGGGUUUGCCGGUGGGCCUGUUGGCGGCACUUGAGAGAGUGCUGGUGCCCCUCGUGGCUGUGGGGUUGCUGCCCGUGCUCAUGUGCCCCACUGCUGCUGCUAAUCCCAGCCUCACAUCCAAAGAGACACACACAGGAACCAACACAGAUACAGCCACAGGGACUGACACUGUGACAGCCACAGACAGUAGCACAGUUACAGUCGCCGGGACUAAUACGAACAGUGACCCCAGUGCCUGCACUCUCCCACUGCACUGGGCUGACGUGCCGUGUGCACCUCUCCCCGCCCACCACCGCACAGCCUGGUUUCUCCCCCCUGCCCGCCUCGCCAGCCCCAUUCCCCCCCUGGCAUGCAAUGCUGCUGUUGCCAGCAUGGGAGCGGGCUGUGCUGUGAGCGUGCGCUGUGACAUCCCGCCCUCGCUGCUGCCCGCGUCACACACAUGGCAGCCUCUUGCUGACGCACAGGGGGGCACCGUGCUGCCUGCUGCAUCCGCCCUCACCCUCUCGUUCUCUUCGCAACAGGAGCAGCGAGGGGAGCAGGGGGAGCAAGCGGGACAGGGGGAGCAGGGGGGCGGCAAGGGGGAUGACAGCGCUGAGCGCGGUGGGUGGCAGUGGCGCGUGCAGCAGGAGGGCGGCGGGCAGCUGGCAGGGCUCAUGCGGCAGUGGCGCUGCUCUCACACCGGCACCCCCUUGCCGCUCUCCUGCCCCCAUGCCUGCAGCAGUGGCGCUGGCGAUGGCAGUGGUAGCGGCAGUGCGGAUGGGGAGGCAGGGAUGGGCUGUGAGGCGGACAGCAGCAGCAGCGACGAUAGCGAGAGUGAUAGCUUGGGUGGGGGAAGUGAGGGCGCGAGUGGCAGUUGGGACCUGGGUGCUCACCAUCACUCGCAACAGGCGGGUGGGGAGGACGCAGGUGAGGACGAGGAGGAGGAGGUUGGUGACGGGAGAAAGAGUGGGAGGGAGGGCAGCGAGGGGGGUGUGGCGAGUGUGUGUGAGGCGGUGGGGAAACGGAGUGGGCAGGCGAGCACCCCGUGUGUGCUGCCAGCGGGAGAGGCUGCUCCCUCGAUUCACAUGGCCAGGGGCGCGGAUGGGACAGGCAGGGGUGCGCAGGUGCAAAGCGAUGGAGAGGUGAACAAAGCGGUUGAUAUGGUGGGGCUUGUUACUGGCGAUUGUGGUGGCGGUGGUGGUAGUGGUGAUGGCAGUGGUGACGGUGGAGUGCGGGGGGCGAAGCCGGAGGAGGAGGAGGAGGAGCGGGUGGGGGAUGGAGAAGAGAAGCAGGCAGGUGCAGUGAUAACGCUUCCCAAUGUCGCGACCACCAGCACUGUGCGGGUGUCAGCUGCCCUCCUGCCCCUGCACGCCCUCGCCCAGCCACCCUUCCCCUCGCCCAAGAAGGAGCGCACUCAGCGCACCGUGCCCCGCCGCCUCCUCUCCUUCCCCCCCCUCGCCCUCCCCUCCCUCCCUGCCCUUCCCCCCUCACUGAUCCCCUCCACUCCGCGCAUUCCUCGCCCCAGUGUCCCCCCCAGCGCAUCCCGCAAGGCCACGCCACCAGGCAGGCGGGCAGGCGGCAGUGUGGGGACUGCGGAGGUUGGGGGGGGGACGGGCAGUGAGGAGGCAGAGGCUGGAAGUGACAAGGGCGGUGGUACAGCAGGGAAGGUGGAGGGGCACAAGGACCAAGCAAGCCUGAAGGAGGAGUUAGAGGCUGUGGCGCACAGGGGGAAGCGGGAGAGGGAGGAGCAACAAGGGGUCGACACAAAGAGACAGAGGAGGGAAGGAGCAGCUGGAGAAGGGGGAGGAAAGGGAGAGCGGGGAGAAAGGGGAGAGGACAGAGUGGGGGGAGAGGAGAGGGGAGAGGAGGGAUAUGGGACGGAGGAGAAGGGUGUAAAGGGGAAAGGGACAUUGGAUGAAGAUCGGAGGAGGGGAGGUGUCGUGGGAAGAGGGGGAGGGAAGGGCAGAGGAAGAAAGAGAGGGGCGACGAAUGGGAAUGCAGGCGAGCGAGAUAGGGCAGCGCAGCAGGGGGAUAAGCAGAGGAGCAUGCAGCAGCAGCGCGACAGGCGGGGGCGAUGGAGGCAUGGGGGCAAGCGGGGUGGCAUGAAAGGAGGAGGUGGGAGGAGAGCGGGGCGGACGGAGGGCAGGGAGGAGGGUGCAGCGAGGGUGAGUGGUGCGGAUGGCAGAGAGAGGGAGGGAGGGAGGGCGCAAGAGAAUGAGGAGCAGAAGCAGGUGAAGGAGGGUGCAAGGGAGGAUGGUGCAAGGCGGAGUGAGGCACGGGCCAGUGAGAGGAAACGAGGCGGUGGCAGGGGAGGGGGGGGGUCGGCACUGUCUCGAUGCCGCGAUGGGCAGGUGGGGGCGGUGGGUGCAGUGGGUGGGGCGAAGGGCAGUGGUGGUAAGCAGGAGACGGACGGGCUGUGGUCAGGUGGGAGCAGUGAGGGCAUGCACGGGCGCGGGGGGAGAAGUGUGGGAGGUGGUGGGAGUGAGGGGGACGAGGAGAGUGCGAGUGAGAGUGAGAGUGACAGCUUCUCAAGCCUGUUUCGAGAGGAGGAGAGUGAGGAGGAGAGUGGGGGCCAGGGAGGGGGCGAGGACAUAGAGGUGGACGGGCCAAACCUGGAGGGGCACGCGGCAGGAGGGGGUGGAACAGAGAGGAGCGCGUCGCAGGAUGGCAGUGCUGCUUCUGGCAGCAGUGGUGGCAAGGAGACUGGCAUGGAAGGCUGGCAGCAGGGCGGCAGGGGGAGGGGAGGGGAACAUGGAGGUGAGCAGGAGGGAGGGGGAGGGGCGAGCAGGGCGGGGCAGGCAGGCAGCGCGUGUCUGGCCACCAGCAGCCCUGCCUCUGCCGCCACACCCCUGCCACACCUCGCUGCCAGCCCCCACCUGCACUGCACCACAUACGUCACUGCCAGCCCUCACCUGCUUGCCAGCCCGUACCUCAACGCAAGCCCGCACUUCACGAGCCCGUACCUACCGUACAGCCCCGGCAUUGGCGCCAGCCCCGUGGGCAGCACCACCUUCUCCCCCCACCCGCUGCUUGACACUCCGCUGUCCGCGUGUGCCUCGCCCGCUGCGGUGCUGGCGGGCGAGGAGGGUGCGGAGGAGAGAGGGGGUGAGCAGCGGCGUGGUGAGGAGAGGGGCAAGCGGAGGGAGAGGACACGGCUGGUGAAGGACGUUGCUGGUGCUGCUGUGGGGGGGCAGGCAGGCGCACUGGAAGGCAUUGCUGUGCCCACUGCACCUGCUGCCUCAGCUGCUGCUUCCGCUGCUGCCCGUGCGCCUUGCCAGGAUGCUUCUGACGAUCCAAGCAGAGGGUGCUCCGCUCUUGGCCCCCCUGCUGUUGCUGCUGCUGGCAGCAGUGGUGGAACGGUUGGGAGUGGUGACUUGGGAAGUGGAAUGCUGGGGAGCGGUGACAAGGGUGGGGGAACAGUUGUGAGUGGUGACUUGGGUGGUGGUGGCGGCGGGGAGUUGAAAGCGGUCAAGAGAGGUGCAGAGAAGAGAGGGCGCGAGAUGGAGGAGGAAGCAGAAGCGGGGUUGGAGGGCGAUGAGGAGUGUGCGGAGGGCAGGAAGGGAGGAUCAGCGGGCGAGCUGUGGGGGUUGAAGCGCCAGCGGUCGAGGAGAGGCGGCAGGCCUGUGGUGGCUGGCAGCGGGGGAGCGGAGGAAGCGAGGGGCGUAGCAGAGGGAGGGGAGGUGAGGGCAGGAGGUGCGAUGGAGGGAGUUGUGAGAGGCGUGGAGCAGCCUGUAGGCUCGUGA